CCAACUCUUCCAAACUCAAUUCCAUCCAUCCAUCCAUCCAAACUCUCUCUCUCUCUCUCUCUUUCUUACCUACAUCAACCAACCACCCAACACCACCAAAAUGCCCAUCCCCGUCCCCAGCGCCAACAGCCUCCAGGACCUCUUCAGCCUCAAGGGCAAGGUCGUGAUCAUCACGGGCGCCUCCGGCCCGCGCGGCAUGGGCAUUGAGGCCGCGCGCGGCUGCGCCGAGAUGGGCGCCGACGUCGCCAUCACGUACGCCUCGCGGCCGGAGGGCGGCGAGAAGAACGCGGCCGAGCUCUCCAAGACCUACGGCGUCAAGGCCAAGGCCUACAAGUGCGACGUCGGCAACUACGACAGCGUGCAGAAGCUCGUGGACGACGUGAUCAAGGACUUCGGCAAGGUCGACGCCUUCAUCGCCAACGCCGGCCGCACCGCCAACAGCGGCAUCCUCGACGGCUCCGUCCAGGACUGGGAGGAGGUCAUCCAGACCGACCUCAACGGCACCUUCCACUGCGCCAAGGCGAUCGGCCCCCACUUCAAGAAGCAGGGCAAGGGCAGCUUCGUGAUCACCUCCAGCAUGUCCGGCCACAUCGCCAACUUCCCCCAGGAGCAGACCUCCUACAACGUCGCCAAGGCCGGCUGCAUCCACAUGGCCAAGUCGCUGGCCAACGAGUGGCGCGACUUCGCCCGCGUCAACAGCAUCUCCCCCGGCUACAUCGACACCGGUCUCUCCGACUUCGUCGACCAGAAGGUCCAGGAUCUGUGGAUGUCCAUGAUCCCCAUGGGCCGCAACGGUGAUGCCAAGGAGCUGAAGGGUGCCUAUGUCUACCUCGUCAGCGAUGCGAGCUCGUACACGACUGGUGCUGAUUUGUUGAUCGACGGUGGUUACUGCGUGCGGUAAAUGUAUCCCUGGAGGAUAUAAUAGAGAUACCUACCUAGCUCUUUUGAUGAGGUUAUAAUGAUAAUGUCAGGAACGUUUCAUGAUA